AUGUUGCUUCACAAUGGAAAAAGGGCCUUUACUACUAAUAGGAAGGCCAUGGGUAACAAUUUGUCAAAGGAAAUGGUUGCCAAAGGACUGGGAUUGAUGGACAGUGAUGAUCCUUUUAAUGGAAUGAAACAACUAGGCCACCAAAAUAAUCAUUCUGGUUUAGUUCUCCCCUUUGUCAGAACUGAGGGUUUUAAUACACUCGUCCAGCUGCGAUCACAUAUGCUUCCAGCUGAAAACACAACCUCAAUCUUCUUCAAGGAUCCAAGAUCGAAGAUACUGGUCAAGUUCAGCAGUAUUCAAGUGAUGGGACUCUAA